UAGCUGCUACUUCAAUCAGCCAUCUAAACAUGCAUCUAAAUUGUGUUGCGUUGCGCCGUUGCUAGACAGAAUCUGUUCCGCAGUCAGAACCUGUAUUCAGUCUAACACCAGCAGUGAAUGUAAACAGAACCCUCUUUCGAAUCAUGAGCACGCUUACCAAAGACUGCCUAUCGGAGCACGAUCGUCAAGUGUUGGAAUCUAUCUUAAAUCCGUCCCAAAUCGGUGGUGAAGAGUACUUGCUACAGGAAGAAGAAAGGCAUCUGGACGAUCCGCAAGAUGUGAAUGUAGAUUUAGAUCCUCGCAUUAGCGAAUCCCAACGAAUGGAACUCGAAGCGAUUGCACUUGCUGGUGAAGGGAAGCUUCCGGAAGCUCUGAAGUUGCUCAAUAAAUCAAUCGAAAUUGCUCCAGAACGAGCUGCGCCCUGGAACAAUCGGGCACAGGUGUAUAUAUUGCUCGGCAAUGAAGAUGCUGCACUGCUGGACAUCGACCAAGCACUGAAGCUCUCCAACAGCUCGGGCCGAACGGGAUGCAGAGCACUGUGUCAGCGGGGCAUAUUGAAGCGGAAAAACAACGACAUUGAUGGUGCGCGGGAAGAUUUUGAUUUGGCCGCCAAGCUCGGUAGCAAGUUUGCACGCACGCAGCUGAUCGAGCUGAACCCAUUUGCCGCACUGUGCAAUCAGAUGUUGCGGGAGGUUAUGAAAAUGUAA